UGAAGUUAGUAGGAGAAAAAGCCAGUGCAUGUUUUCUAUUCAGAACUUCAGAAACAAGAAAUCAGACUGCAUCCUUUCCCUGUUCUCACUGCAAGAGCUCUUGAUACCUCCCACCUGAGCCAGCUUCUUAUCUCCAAUGUAGAUGGCCAGGCCUCUUCCUUUAGGGUUUCUUUUGGAAAUGUGUAAUUCUAUAUCGGUGCCUUUCUCUCUCCAGUUAAAGGAAAAGCUGGCAUUCUUAAAAAGGGAGUACAGCAAGACACUGGCUCGAUUGCAGCGGGCUCAAAGAGCUGAGAAGGCAAAAAAUUCUGGAAAGAUUGAACAGAAUUGCACACUUAAGGAAGAAACCUCAAUACAAACAAACUCAGAUUCAGAAGACAAAGUAUCUCUUGGUGAUAAAUUAGAAACAUGUACACCACAGAUUGAUGCCUGUCUUAAUGCAGAAACUAAGGAGAAAACAGCUGUCACACUUGAUUUUGAGCCUGAGUUAUUGAGCACUGAUGAUGGUUUAUCAGGAGUAUGUCCUGAAUAUAGAGGUGAUAAGUGCCAGGAGAAUUUCCUUUAUAGCAUCACUGGACCAGCCAAUGAGAAAACGCAAAAUAAACAGCCACUGAAUAGAUUGAAGAACCGGAAAAAAACAUCGGUAUCAAAAGGAAGUGAAUCUUUCUUUGACUCUGAUUCACUUUUAAAUUCUGGACAAAGACAGCAAAAACAAGUGUUUUCUAUAGAAAAUCCUGAGUUACCAGUGUUUCAGAUAAGAAAUCAGUUUUCAUGUGCUGAGAGUGAAAUUCAAAAUUCUCCAAGACCAAUCACAGAAAUCAGUGACUGUCUUGUUCCAGCUACUGAAUGCGAAAAUGAUGCCAAUAGAAUUUUGAAAGAAAAUAAUCUUCCUAAGAUGGCUGCACUUUCUUUACACAGUCCCUUGGAUGACAGUACUACUCAGGAAGUUGGGUGUGUUCCUCUUGAAGAAAUCUGUGAUAACUAUAAACUGGCUACCCAGUGCUCAGUGAACCUUAUUCAUGUUUCACCUAACAAAUUAGAGGAAAGAGGGAAAGAAUAUGUUAUCUCUCUGGGUGACCAAAUGGCAAAUGAUGAUAUGAAUGUGGAUAAAAAGAUGUCUAGCACUCUCACCUUGCCACCAGAUGACAGAGCAUUUUCUGCAAAUGAGUUCAAUCAUUCAUUAAGCAAAAAUACAUAUUUCAAUGAACAGAAUUGUAGCUUGAAGCCUUUAGGAUCUUCUAGUAACCUGCUUGAUAGUAGAGAUGAAAAUCUUCAAAAGAAAGAGGUCCUAAGUGAGACUAUGAGCCCUACCAUAGAAAUGAACUCUCCUGGUCCUCCAGAAAAUCCAUUAAAUUCUUGUACAGUGCUUGAUGGUCUUCUGUUUCCUGUGGAGUAUUAUGUUAGGACAACAAGACGAAUGUCAAAUUGUCAGAGGACCAUAGACCUGGAAGCUGUAAUUCAAAGCCAGUUAGGUGUAAAAAGAAAAGGAUUUAAGCAUAAAUAUAAGCAGGCAACUAAAAAUUUAAAUCUGUCCUCCCAAGAGCAAAGUGAAUUUCCAUUAUCUGACCAAGGAAGUUCAAGUAGUCCUUGUCAGAAGUCUUUCUCAUCAACCAGUGAAAGUAGCUCUCCUGCUUUUCCCACUAAAGACAAUGAUUUUGCUUUGAAUGCUUGUAAAAAACGAUCAGGUAGAAGAUACAGAGGGAGAAGAUUCUUUUGUAAAAAAGGAAAAGAUGAUCAAGAGUCAGUGCUGCAAGUUUCUGAUAAGCUAGAUAGUAAAAAACCUAAGGAAGAUGUUGCCUUGUGCAAAAAGGCUCCAAGAAAAAAAGAACAUGAUCAAGGUAAAAAAACAGUCACAGACAAAUCAAGAUGUACUCUUGCUAAUAUUGACAAAAAAGUACCCACAUCAAAAAUACAAGGAAAACAAGGUUGUACUCAAAAUAAGAACCUUCCUUCUUCCAUUAGUAAUGACUCUUUGAUUGUGGAUAAUACCAGUUUUGAUUUUUCAUUUCAUCUUAAGAAUGGAAUACUCAGUUUUGAGAAGCUGUCAUCAUGCAUCAACAUCACUGACUUUGACUUGCCUGAUGAGGACUUUGGUUUUCUUAAGCUUGAGAAAUUAAAGUCUUACUCAGCAAAACAAAUUGAACCCUUUGAAUCAAGAGAUGGUGGGAAAAAGUAUUAUGAUGGAGACUGUCUUAUUUCAGCGGAACUGAUGCCUAAAAAAAUAGUUACAGAAAAGGAGAAUUUAGCAGAGGAUAUUAUUACUAUAUCAAGAAACUCACAGCCAAAAAACCCAAAGAGUAUUCCUUCAAAUAUGCUACUUUUCACACCUUCUAGUACUAACCUACCUGCUACAAACAACCAGCUUGCAACAGAUGUAUGUUCUCCUGUUUUCCCUAUCCUAGGUGCUACUCCAGUUUUUGGCUCCCAACUACAAAAUGAAAAUGUGGCUAAAGAAAUUACUGGACCUACUUUCUGUACACCUAAACAUACUUACUUAAAGGAUCCAGACAAUCUUACUGGAGAUAAUCAGUGUAACAGUUCACCCAAUGCAUUGAAAUUGGAUAUUAACAUGCAGGCAUUAGGUAGGGAAGUCAAAAAACAACCUGACCAAAUACCUUGUUGUGGUUCUCAAGAAACUCUUCCACCUGUUGACUCAAUCACUUUCAAAGAAAGACCACUAUUGGAAAGCACUUGCCAGACUAAAGUAGCAGAAGAACAUCCUGAUGAAAUCUGGUGUGAUAGUUUGAAACUGGGUAAUCUACAGCUAGUUUCAAAGUUAAAGAAUCCUUCAGAUUCCUGUUCUGUGGAUGUGAGUACUGUGUGGUGGGAAGGAACUGGCUCUAAGGAGUCACGUAUCAUAACUGCCUGUGAAUUUACAGUUUCUCUCUGGAAAUCUCUGGAUAACUGGCAGUGGAGAAAAGUUUACACAUGGCACUUCACUGAGAUUCCAGUCCUACAAAUUAUUCCACUCUGGGAUACUUGUAAUCUCGUGUGUGUUGCUUUGGGACAUCUAGAAAUUAGAGAAAUCCGAUUAUUGUUUUGUUCUGAUGAUGAUGAAUGCUUAAAGCAGUCCCUUGUAAAAUCUGGAAAUAUAAAAGCUGUGCUUGGACUUAGACACAAGAGGCUAGUCUGUAGCAAUGGGACCCUUCAUGAUCACCAAGUUGACCUCAUGACCUUUUCAGGAUCUGGAAGAAGUAAAGAAAAACGGACUUUGAUGUCACCAGAAGAAACCAUCCUGGCUUUUGCUGAGGUUCAAGGAAUGCAAGAUGCUUUGCUUGGCACAACCCUGAUGAGUAAUAUUGUUAUCUGGGUUAUAAAAAUUCUUGUUUCAUUGGUAUUUAGGAAUUUAAAAACUGGUCAACUUCUGAAAAAGAUGCAAAUUGGUAAUUCCUACCAAGCUUCAAUCUGUCACAAAGCCUAUUCUGAUAUGGGGCUCCUGUUUGUUGUUUUAAGUCAUCCACAUGGCAAAGAAAUUGAAUCAAUGGGAAGUCCUAUAUUUCGUUUGAUUGCAAUUAAUCCUAAAACGGCCCUAAGUGUUGAUGUAAGGCCCUAUUCACUUCCCCAAGGCCAUACUGGAAGGUUUCUGGAUGGCGAGGUGAAGGAUAAUUUAGCAGCAGCUGUACUAACUUCUGGAACAAUAGCUGUUUGGGACUUGUUUCUAGGACAUUGCACAGCUUUGCUUCUGCCCAAUUCUGAUGGAAAUUGGUCUUUUGUCAAAUGGUCGGGUACAGAUUCUUGUCUACUAGCUGGACAGAAAAAUGGAAGCGUGUUUGUGUACAGCUACAUGUGAGUUAGGCCAAGAAGAAAGCAAAUGGAUUCAUGGACAUACAUGAGUUUCUUCAACAUCUCUGAGAUUGUAACUCAAAAGAAAAGUGAUUGUCGUCAUUUUGAAGCAAAUCAAGUAUUUUCUGCCUGAUAAAUUCUCCCACUCAAAAAACUGAGGUGGUUUUAUUUGAAUUUUGUUCAUUAAGAUGUUUAUUUUUGGUUCUGGAGAGUAUGCUGACUUUGAAUGUUUCAUUAAAACUGUGGUGAGUGUUUUUUUUAAUUUUAUAAUUUGGUUGAUAUUUUUUUCGCUUCAAUAUUUGCACUGAAAAAGGACAAU